AUGGCGAAAGCAGGAGAGAUGGGCAACCUCUACGGCAAACCAGACGUAGAACGGAUCGGCCUCUUCUCGGAAAUGCCCUACAUGAACGGCAAAGGCUACGUUUCGCCCUUUCCCAAGCCUAGAGCCGACAAAGGCCGCAACAUAAUGGGCGAAGGUCCCAAAACCAAAACAGCCAGACAAGACUGCUACUUCGAUAAAGACUUCAAGAGGCUCUUCAUCGGCGAAGCCUUGAGAGGCAGAGGCGUCAAGCCCAAGCCUCCGAGGUUCAAAAACGUUUCUGAGAAAGCCUUCGUACCUGCCGGUAAUCUCAAACUGCAUUCCACUCCUGGAGACUACUACGGCUGCUUCGAGAAGAUCGAGGCGUUCAGCAACAAGAAGAGGCCCCUACCACCGUACAAAAGAGAGCCCAGGAACAUACUCAGCAAUCCCGGGAAGGAAGGGGGCCCAGGCUACGUGGACACGUGCCUCAACCCCUACCCUUCGCACACCCCGGACAGAUAUGGCGCCAAACCGAAGUACAAAGAGUACGGCAAAACCGUGGACGGUCCCAUGGUGAUCAACCACUACCCCACGCCCUUUUUCGACCGCAACCCCUUCAUGGAACCCCCGAACGUCAAAGCGGGCCCCACGUACGUGAGGCCUCAGGAGAAAGGGGUCGCUCCCUUGCCUCCUGGGAAAAUGAUUCCGACUGGUCCUGGGAAAUUGCCGGGAGGAUGUCACGCUGGGGGGUUUGAAAAGUUCCCUGAGCACAAGCCUGAUAAAUACUUGACGGUUUACGAGGUUAUGAAGCCAAAAAAGCGCACGGGGGGUAAUUUUUAUCCGCAAUCGACCGCUGAAAAGACUUUGUACACGUGUUCGGUGAUCAACGAGAAUUUGAGGUUCAGGGUGAACGGGAAGAAUCAGGCUGCUUUCGAGCCUUCUUUCAUCAAACAUUUGGUUGAUUGAUGAAAAAGUUGCGAAUGAAUGAAUUGAGAAGAACUGGACUUUGAUGAUGGGUGCCUACUGGUAUUGUUGACCGAUGUAAAAUUCCAGCAAUCGAUCUUCUACAUCAGUAUAAUUUACGACGAAUGUUUUUACUAUUAUUAUUACUUUACUGCCCUAGUAUAAUAUGUUGAUGGAAAAUACGUGCCAAGUACACUGUAUCCCAUUGUCAGCAAUUUUACGGGGUACCGUUUUUAAAGCUAGAGGGUUGGAGGUUACGCGAUAAUGAAAUUGAAAAAUACUAUCUACUAAUAAUUGGAUAAAUAUACCAAAAUUUCAGAGAAUCUUGUAUUACGAGUUUUUACUGAAAAUAAUUUUACAUACAAUCGUAAAUUUUUUACAUAAGAAAAUAUAUUUUUGCUUCAAAACUAAAAAACAAAAGGUGUUAAAAGAAAGCUUACUAUGUCACUAGCUUCUACGGGAAAAUUCAUUUAAACUACUUCGAAAAGAUCAAAGAUAACAGAUACAGGGGUGUUCAAAAUUGUUUCUUCUGAAUUCCACCCUUUAUCUCAAAAACCAAAGAGCUAUGAAAUAUUUGCCUACGUCUUUUUUAAUAUCAUGAAGAGUAGAAUACUGUAGCGAAAACUGCUAUAAUCUAUCUUUGAAAAUUAAGGAGAUGGAGGUACCCCGCAAAAAUGCUGAAAAUUGGAAACUCCUUACAUGAUAUAACCCAUGAUUAAAAUAUUGGAAUUGAUUUUCCAUUGCAUAAAAAGUACUUUAUGGAUACAAAAUUCCAUAAAAGGAAAAUCAAAACAUGUCCGCAGAAGAGUGGUUUUAUCUCCCUUCCUUCAAGGAGUGAAUAUCUCAAUUUCAAGGCAACAGAGAUUAUAAACAACGAAAUUCAUCUUGCGAUCCUAUUCACGUCUGAGAGACUACCUGCAAUUUUUCGAAACAACCUGUAUUUAUUGAAAAUGAAUUAUUGAUUGCUC